AUGCGUCCGGGAAACGCACAGUUGACAGCUCGCAUGCAUCCGAGCAACGUGCAGGUGAUGGCUCACAUGCAUCCGAGCAACGUGCAGGUGGCAGCUUUAAUGCAUCCAAGCAACGUGCAGGUGAUGGCUCACAUGCAUCCAAGCAACGUGCAGGUGAUGGCUCACAUGCAUCCAAGCAAAGUGCAGGUGAUGGCUCACAUGCAUCCGAGCAAAGUGCAGGUGACAACUCCACGCGUGCUUAUGUGUCUCGGCUACUUCUGCUGCUAUUGGGGCUGUGGGGAUUUGCGGCCAUGUGCUGAGUGGACCCCGGUGGACGGGAGUUUGUGCUUCUACUGA